UCGAGAUUUCGGUCCAUCAAAAUCAACCAUGUCAAGUGUAAACAGAGCAGUGAGACAACCGUUUAGAUUAACCGCAAAAGUAGGCCGAGGUUCCUUGCGUUUAUUAUCCACAAGAGGCUUCUGACUACCAGCACGUCCUGUGUAUAUACAUUAAAGUCGUUAAUAUUUAGCUGCGUCAAGAAAACAAUCCUGAAUGAUGUGUGUGUGUGGAUAGUGACAGUGAGGGGAAGCUUGGUGUCUCUUUCUAGAUAAAAGGCGGCGGUAAUUAAGCUGAACCUGCUGCACUGAUCCUUUCAUUUCAGAGUUAAGUAGCAGGAGAAGGGACUUAAUGUGGACGAGCAUCAAUGAUGACAGGAAAGCAUUACAAUGGACAUGAAGUCAGCUGCUGCAUCAAAUAUUUUAUAUUUGGAUUUAACAUAAUAUUUUGGUUACUGGGGUUGGCCUUCCUGGGGAUUGGACUAUGGGCAUGGAAUGAGAAGGGUGUGCUCUCAAACAUCUCCUCCAUCACUGAUUUGGGUGGGUUUGACCCUGUCUGGCUGUUUCUAGUGGUGGGUGGUGUGAUGUUUAUCCUGGGUUUUGCUGGUUGCAUCGGAGCUCUGAGAGAGAACACCGUCCUCCUCAAAUUUUUUUCUGUGUUCCUGGGGAUUAUAUUCUUCCUGGAACUGACAGCUGGGAUUCUUGCCUUUGUCUUUAAGGACUGGCUCAAAGACCAGCUUCAGUUCUUCAUUAACAACAACAUCAGAGCCUAUAGAGAUGAUAUUGACCUACAAAACCUUAUCGACUUCACUCAGGAAUAUUGGGAAUGCUGUGGGGCUUUUAAAGCCAGUGAUUGGGAUCUCAACAUCUACUUCAACUGCACAGACACCAACCCCAGCCGAGAGAAGUGUGGCGUUCCCUUCUCCUGCUGCACCAAGGACCCAGCGGAGGAUGUCAUCAACACACAAUGCGGAUAUGAUGUCCGAUCGAAAUUGGAAGCUGAACAGAAGACUGUCAUAUAUUUGAAGGGCUGUGUGCCUCAGUUUGAGAAGUGGUUACAUGACAACCUGACAGUAGUAGCAGGCAUCUUUAUAGGAAUUGCACUGCUACAGAUCUUUGGAAUAUGCCUGGCCCAAAAUCUAGUGAGUGAUAUUGAAGCUGUGCGGGUGAGCUGUUUGUUCACCGGAAGAUAAUGUUCCUUCAGACAUUCACAGGACUCGUGAGUAAUGGUGCCAGCAACAGAACCCAAUAUUCACAGUUCACCAGGUCACAUGUGUGUACAGAUGUGAUCUGCACAAUCAUAUUUUAUUGUGUGAAUACAAAUCUUUCUAGAGUAUUUCACAUGCCAGACACCUGUGUAUUAAAUGUAAAUGUAUGGCUGUGUGAGUGUGUGUCUUGAGAUGUUUCACAAUUAGAAUUCACUACAUCUCUUAUGUUCAGUUUUGUUUUGUUUUUUUGUUGGGUUUUUCUUUUUCUUUCCAGUUAACACUGUUUCAUAAAGAGACACAUACAGACAUUAUUACACUGAGGAAACUAUUUUGGUCCAGUUUGUGGACACUGACUUCUUAUUUCAUUUUCAUCACAUUUGAAUGUUUAACACAUUUAAAUUUUGAUAAUCACUUGGUUGUGUCCUAAUAUCUCAAAAGGUAUGUAUUUGUUCUUUAUCAAGUGAAAGUCCAUAAUCUUUAGUGAACAACCUCUGACACCAGCAGAACGUACCAUGAAAAUAGUGUCAAGUGAUUUAUAAACAAAAAUCUAAAAGUUCAGAGGUCAUGGCUGUAAUAUAUUAGUAUAUAUUAAUAGUAGAGAAUGGCUCUGAAGGAUUAAGAUAAAUUAAAAACUGAAUUCAAUACACUUCAAAAAGUAUUCUGUACACACUUUCUAUAAAAGCCAAGUAUUUUUAGAGUGGUUUCAUAAGUGGUUUUCCAUGGGAAAAAAAUAAUACAAUCUAUUUAAGAAGCCAAAUAGAAUUAAUGAGGGAUGAACAAAAAUCUGUACUGUUAACGGUAAGUAUGUAAAAUGUGUAAGGGAAUGUUUUUCUAACGCAGGCUUAUUGUAAUCAAAUGAACUAAGAUUGGAGGACAGAAUGUGAUAAACUCUUGAUUCUGUGCUUUACUCGCCCAUUUUAUGAAAUAAACAAAGCCUUUUUCACCUGC